GAGUCACCAUUUAUCUAGGACCCUGAUCUGAAAACUUGUAUAUUCUCAUCCUUGUCUUUUCCCCCUUACCACAGACUCAUAGCACCCUGUUUGUUCCACGGUCAUGACUGUGACCGUAGUGCUGGGUGCACAGUGGGGAGAUGAAGGGAAAGGGAAAUUAGUUGAUAUUUUAUCUGCAGACUUUGACGUUUGCGCACGAUGCGCGGGUGGUAACAAUGCUGGACAUACCAUUGUCGUACCAGUUGGCCCAAACAAAGUCAAAACUACCUUUGCAUUCCAUUUGCUCCCCAGUGGACUUGUUAACCCCAAAUGUAUCGGUGUGAUAGGAUCAGGAGUGGUAGUUCAUGUCCCUUCUUUCUUCGCGGAGCUCGAUGAUCUGGAAAAACAAGGGCUCGAUUGCACCGAUCGCAUAUUUUUAUCGGAUCGUGCUCAUCUCGUCUUUGAUUUUCAUCAGAUCGUUGAUGGAUUAAAGGAGGUCGAACUCGGCGGUUCCAGCAUUGGUACCACGAAAAAGGGAAUCGGUCCGGCCUACUCUGGAAAAGCAUCGAGGUCGGGUCUGCGGAUACACCAUCUUUUCGACCAUGAUACUUUUGCCCAAAAGUUCAGAAAAAUUGUAGAGGGCAGAUUCAAACGCUAUGGGCACUUUGAAUACGACACCGAGGGAGAGAUCGCUCGGUACAAGAUUCUGGCAGAUCGUUUGAGACCUUACGUUGUCGACAGUGUUGUCUAUAUCCAUAAGGCUCUGGCAGCAAAGAAGAAAGUUCUCGUUGAAGGGGCGAAUGCACUCAUGCUUGACUUGGAUUUUGGUACUUACCCCUUCGUCACCUCCUCUUCAACGACUAUUGGUGGCGUCUGUACUGGUCUUGGGAUUCCCCCCAAGUUGAUUGGCCAUACCAUCGGUGUCAUCAAGGCUUAUACCACUAGAGUCGGUGGCGGUCCCUUCCCAACUGAGCAGCUCAACGAUGUUGGUGUGCACCUUCAAGAAAUUGGACGGGAGUAUGGGACGACCACGGGUCGUCGCAGGCGUUGUGGUUGGCUAGACUUGGUAGUCAUGAAGCAUUCUUGCUUGAUUAACGGUUAUGACAGCCUUAACCUGACCAAACUCGAUGUUUUGGAUGACCUGGAAGAAAUCAAAGUUGCCGUCAAGUACAUGAUCGAUGACAAGGAGCUCAUCGGCUUUCCCGCCGAUUUGGACGUUCUCUCGAAGGUGGACGUGGUGUAUGUGACCCUUCCAGGGUGGAAAGCACCAAUCACCGCGAUCACGUCUUUCGGCGAUCUCCCGGACAAUUGCAAGAAAUACAUAGGAUUUAUUGAAAGGUUUUUAGAUGUACCGAUAGAAUGGAUAGGAGUGGGACCUGGAAGAGAAAGUAUGGUGAGGAAAGAAGGAAAGAUGCUGCAUUAGUUCAUUGUUGUAAUCUUGUUGUAAAUUAUAGAUGCAAGCCUGCCGCAUCUAGCAAGCACACUGCUCGGGUGAUCCCCGUAUGUAUCCUUCGACCAUCAACAUAUUAUUCGC